UUUUUUUUUUCUUUUAACUUUUAUCGAAAUGCGUGUAACAUUAUUUUUUUUAACAUUGACACUUGCAAUUAGCUCAGCUUUAUGUGUUAUACCUGAUCAUAUUUCACCACAUACAAGAGUAUCAGCUAAUCCCGAGGAAUUACUUGCUCAUCAAGAUACUUCCGAUGGCUCAAUUAAAGUAAAUAAGCAUUUUGUCAAUAAUCAUCAAGAUAAAGAUAAUUUCUUUGUUAAAAUAGUUGAUGGACAAAAUGUUGAGAAAGACGCUUUUACAAAAGAACAAUAAUUUUUUUUUACAAAUGUAUGAGACUUUUAUUCUUUAUCAUUUUAUGCAAAUAUGUGUAAUGGAUUUUAUAAUAAUAAAAACAAAAUCUUUUUUAUUAUUA